AUGCCGACCACUCUUGGCAGGAACGCGGACCCGUGCACGGCCAGAGGCUGCAGGUGGCCCAAGACCGGACGCUACGUCUACGUGCCCUACUACAUCUCCCCGGACUACACCCAACAGGAGCGGGGGGUCAUCCUGGCAGGCCUGCAGAGCUUCCACCAGUCCACCUGCGUCCGCUUUGUCCCCUGGACUCAGACUCACCGGGACUACCUCCACUUCCUCUCCAGCCCCGGUGAAGGGUGUAAGUCCUUCAUAGGCCGUCAGGACGGAGGCCAGGGGGUUUUCCUGGAGAAAAAGGGCUGCCUGUACCAGUCCACGGUGCAGCACGAGGUCCUGCACGCGCUGGGCUUCCACCACGAGCAGGUCCGCUCAGACCGGGACCAGUACGUCCGGAUCCUGUCCCAGAACGUCCAGCCAGAUCAGUUGAAAAAUUUUCAAAAGGUGCCGACCAACAAUCUGCUGACUCCCUAUGACUUCAGCUCCGUCAUGCAUUACGGAAAAUAUGACUUCUCCUCCAAUGGGCUGCCAACCAUUGUGGCAAAGCACAAUUAUUACCUGGACUUUGGCCACGCCCAUCAGAUGAGCCCCAACGACAUCACGCGCGUCAACAGGCUCUACGGAUGCAGAUCUGAGCCUCAGAGGCAUGCCGACUCAGGACCCCCAUCCUCCACCAUGACUCCGGUUCUCCUCUUCAUCCUCAUCCUGUCGGUGAUGGACGUCUCUGUGGCUGCGCCGGCCUCCAGUGAGGAGCAGAGCGACGAAUUCCCAGAAAUUGCUGACAUGCUCCUAGAACCCAAGAUCCAGUUAGGUCUGGACGGGCCUGAAGACGACUCGGAGACCCCCCGGCUGGAGGGAGACAUCGCCAUACCGGACGCUCUGACCAGGAACGCUGACCCGUGCACGGCCAGGGGCUGCAAGUGGCCCAAAACCGGAGACUACGUCUACGUGCCCUACACCAUCUCCUCCCAAUACAGUUGCCAGCAGCGAGACGUGAUCGUCAAAGGCCUGGAGAGCUUCCACAACUCCACCUGCGUCCGCUUCGUCCCCCGCCUGCCAGAACACAAACAUUACAUCAGCAUCUUCUCUGGAUCAGGGUGCUGGUCCUACCUGGGCCGUCUGAACGGAGCGCAGAAGCUGUCCCUGAGGAGGAACGGCUGCCUGCACCAGUCCACCGUCCAGCACGAGCUGCUGCACGCGCUGGGCUUCAACCACGAGCAGGUCCGCUCCGACCGGGACCGCUACGUCCGCAUCCUCUGGGACAACAUCCAGCCAGGGCGCGAACACAACUUCAAGAAAAAGAAGACAAACAACCUGCAGACCCCCUACGACUUCGGCUCCGUCAUGGAAUACAGCAACAAAGCGUUUUCCAAGAACAACAAGCCCACCAUCGUUUCCAAGGCCAACCCGAACCUGAAGUUCGGCUACGCCCGGAGAAUGAGCCAGAACGACAUCCUCCGCGUGAACCGGCUCUACGGAUGCAAAUAG